CUGACCAACCAUCCACCUUCGACCGAAAAAGCCGUUGAGAAGGGAAUUGCAAAAGCCAGAAGAACUCAGCUUGAAAAGGUUGCUAGAUCAUUCGGAAUUGUCAUUGUGCAAGCCAACUCGUCUCAAAGUGGUCCAGGCGAAGCUCAACCAUCGGUCUCCGAAACAAGUCAACAACCACCAACACCGGCUGCAAAACUAAUUGGCUCGCAAAAGAUGUCACGACGAAACCGACAUUUGGCAGACAAACACCAUCAAUGUCAAGUGCAUCCAACAACUCGUCAAUGUCGAGACAAGACCCAUCGAAUAGCGCAUUCCCGAAAAGAGUUCCAACUCCGCCACAAGGCAACAACAUCUACCAAGAAUCCCUCUUCAUGA